UUGGCGCUCCUCUACGCACUGCUUAUCUUUCUCUCCUGGCCGUGUGCGGUUGCAGGGAAGAAGAAACUGUACAUCGGAGCUCUGUUUCCCAUGAGUGGAGGAUGGCCCGGUGGUCAAGCGUGCCUCCCCGCUGCCCAGAUGGCGUUAGAUCUCGUGAACAACCGGACCGACAUUCUGCCGGAUCACGAGCUGGAGCUCAUUUAUCACGACAGUAUGUGUGAUCCAGGAGAGGCCACUAAACUGCUGUAUGACUUGCUGUACACCGAGCCCAUAAAGAUCGUCUUGAUGCCGGGCUGCAGCUCUGUGUCUACGCUGGUGGCUGAGGCAGCACGCAUGUGGAACCUUAUAGUGUUUUCAUACGGCUCCAGUUCUCCAGCUUUAUCCAACCGCCAGCGCUUUCCCACUUUCUUCCGUACGCACCCGUCAGCAACUCUGCAUAAUCCCACACGUGUGCGGCUCUUCCAGAAGUGGGGAUGGACCAAGAUUGCCACCAUCCAACAGACCACUGAAGUUUUUACCUCAACUUUGGAUGAUCUGGAGGAGCGUGUGAAGGAGGCCGGCAUCGAGAUAAGCGUUAGACAGAGCUUCCUCACGGAUCCCGCGGUGGCUGUCAAAAACCUGAAGCGUCAAGAUGCAAGAAUCAUAGUCGGCCUCUUUUACGAGACUGAAGCCAGAAAGGUGUUUUGUGAGGUCUUCAAAGAGAAACUCUAUGGUAAGAAGUAUGUUUGGUUCCUCAUCGGCUGGUAUGCAGACAACUGGUUUAAGAUCAAAGAUCCAGCCAUCAAUUGCACAGUGGAGAAUAUGACGGAAGCCGUGGAAGGACACGUCACCACUGAAAUCGUAAUGCUAAACCCAGAGACCGUCCGCGGUGCCUCCAACCUGACCUCCCAAGAGUUCCUGGCCCAGCUGAUGUCACGUCUCGGGGGGAAGAACCCAGAAGAAACGGGUGGAUUUCAGGAAGCUCCGCUGGCGUAUGAUGCUGUGUGGGCUCUUGCACUGGCCCUCAAUAAAACGGUGGCCCCCCUUAGGGCCAAAGGCUGGACAUUGGAGGACUUCAACUACAACAACAAGGAAAUCACUGCUGAGAUUUACCGAGCCCUCAACACCAGCUCGUUUGAAGGAGUGUCUGGUCAUGUCGUGUUUGAUGCUCAAGGUUCACGUAUGGCCUGGACUCUCAUUGAGCAACUGCAAGGUGGGAGCUACAAGAAGAUUGGAUACUAUGACAGCACAAAAGGCAACCUGUCCUGGUACGGAAACGACAAAUGGAUCGGCCUUGGUCCUCCGGCAGACCAGACUAAGGUGAUCGAAGAGUUCCGUUACCUUUCCCAGAAGCUCUUUGUGUCAGUGUCUGUCUUUGCCGGGCUGGGGAUCCUUUUGGGCAUAGUCUGCCUCUCCUUCAACAUAUACAACAGUAGUGUCAGAUACAUUCAGAACUCUCAGCCCUAUCUGAACAACAUGACAGCAGUGGGAUGUGUGCUGGCUUUAGCAGCUGUCUUUCCUCUGGGCAUCGAUGGCCUCCAUGUUCAUAGAUCACAGUUCCCUGUGGUCUGCCAGUUUCGCCUGUGGCUGCUAGGACUGGGUUUCAGUUUAGCCUAUGGCAGCAUGUUCACCAAGAUCUGGUGGGUUCACACCGUUUUCACCAAGAAAGAUGAGAAAAAAGAGAAGAGGAAGCACUUGGAGCCGUGGAAGCUAUAUGUGACUGUUGCAGUUCUGCUGGCUAUUGAUGUUCUCUCUCUGCUUAUCUGGCAGAUCAUGGACCCUCUGCACAUAACUGUGGAGAAGUUCACUAAAGAGGCUCCUAAAGAAGAUCUGGAUGUGUUGAUUCAGCCUCUUCUCGAGCACUGCAGUUCAGAAAAGAUGAACACGUGGCUUGGUGUGGUGUACGGCUACAAGGGACUUCUGCUGCUGCUGGGAAUCUUUCUGGCCUACGAGACCAAGUCCAUUUCCACAGAGAAGAUUAAUGACCACAGAGCGGUCGGCAUGGCCAUCUACAAUGUAGCUGUGCUGUGCAUGAUUACUGCUCCGGUGACCAUGAUCCUGUCCUCUCAGCAGGACGCCUCAUUUGCAUUCGCCUCUCUGGCCAUCAUCUUCUCUGUCUACAUCACGCUCGUGGUGCUCUUUGUGCCCAAGAUACGGCGUUUGAUCACUCGUGGCGAGUGGCAGUCGGAGCAGCAGGACACGCUGAAAACCGGCUCGUCCAACAACAACGAUGAGGAGAAGUCAAGACAGCUGGAGCGCGAGAACAGGGAACUCCAGAAGAUCAUUCAAGAGAAGGAAGAAAGAGUGACGGAGCUGCGGAAUCAGCUCGCAGAACGUCAGGCCUUGCGUUCUCGCAGACGCCCGUCCGUCCAGAAUCAGAACCAGAACCACAGCGUCCCGUCGUCUCAGGCUGAACCCCCCAGCUACUCCCCCGCAACGGAUAAACACUCCCUGCCUGCGUCCUUCUCCAAUUCUUCCAACCUGUACCAAGGCGAGGGCAAACUGAGCCGAAACAACUGCCACAACAGCCGUCUACCCCUGCUGUACAAAUGA